AUGGUUCUAUUGAUUUAUGUUGAUGAUAUUAUCAUCACAGGAAAUGAUGAAGGGGAGAUCCAUAACUUGAGCGAUUGUUUGGCCCAAGAGUUUGAUACUAAGACUUUAGGACGACUCAAAUAUUUUUUAGGAAUUGAAGUGGCACAUUCUUCUAGAGGCAUUUUUAUUUCUCAACGAAAGUACAUAACAGAUUUGUUAGCUGAAACAUGAAAAUCUGCAUGUAGACCAGCCAGUACCUAUUGACCCAAACCUGAAAUUGUGUAUGGCAGGUGAAGAAAUUUCUAUUGACCCGUGAGAUUUAUUAAUGUCUCAUUGGCUGACUACUUUGUCUAAUACAACACUCGAGGAGAUAUCUCAUGUGCAGUGAGUAUAUUGAGCCAAUUUAUACAUCAACCUAAAGAGUCUCAUUUACAUGCUGCCUACAGAGUGCUACAUCAUUUGAAACGCACACCAGGAAAAUGGGUUCUUAUUAAACGAAGUGGAAAGGUAGAGGUUGAGAUGUUUACAGAUGCUGACUAUGCAGGCUCAACGAUUGAUCAAAGGUCAACCUCUGAUCAUCUUACUUUUGUUAGUGGCAACCUUGUCACCUGGAGGAGCAAAAAACAGAAUGUAGUUGCUCAAUUAAGUGCUGAGGCUGAACUCAGGGCACUUGCCCAAGGAAUAUGUGAGUUACUUUCAGUCAAGAACUUACUUGAUGUGCUAAAAAUUCCUUUAUCUAGUCCUAUGAAGAUUUAUUGUGACAAUAAGUCAGCAAUCAAUCUAGUGCACAACCUAGUACAGCAUGACUGUACCAAACAUGUGGAGAUUGAUCACCAUUUCAUCAGAGAAAAACUUGAGGCAAAUGUGAUUUUUAUAUUGUACAUUUCAACAAAUAAUCAGUUGGCAGACAUACUAAAGGCAUCUCGGGUACACAACUGCAGAAGAUUAUUCCUAAGCUGGGAAUGGAUGACAUCCACUCAUAAGCUUGAGGGAGUGUUGUCGAGAUGUAGUUAA